GAAUUGACUGAAUAAUGCACAAUAGUCUGGUGCCUCAUUCAUGGACAACUCAGUUAUAGCAAAAAGUGGAUGGCUUUCACGUCAGACAACUAUAUUGAAAAAAUGGAAGAAGAAUUGGGUGGAAUUGUAUAGAGAUGGUCAUUUAAAAUACUAUGAAAAUGAAUGCAGUCCAAAUGCUGAAGAUAUAAUUUUUAUGCCAACAGAAUGUUUGGCUAUAAAAGCAGGAUUGCAGGUAGAAGGUGUUCAACCCCCUGAGAGGUAUGGAAUUCAGAAUUUAUUAUCAGUUGUUACGUCCACAGGAAAAACAUGGAUAUUUUGUGGAGAAUCAUUGGAUGAUAUGAGGGCUUGGCAGCUAGCUUUGGAGCAAGCACGCUUGUUUGGUAUGCAUCCUCAGUUAUCUGGACAUCCUUCUGCAUAUAUGCCUGCUUAUAAUCCUGGUUAUCUCCCACCUUAUAGCAGUGAUUCAUCUGUAACAUUUCUGCCACAGUUCACUUAUCCACCUCCUGCUUAUUAUGGGUAUCCCGGACCACAGUACAUGGCAGCAACUCCAGGGCAAACUGCUAUGGUAUAUCAACCUGAGCGAUAUUAUCGGCCAGAUGGUACAGACGUUGCAAUGGGUAUGCUGGGUGGUGCAGCUGUUGGUUCCCUUAUGUGGGGUCCAUUACUUUGGUGGUGAACUUAAUUGGAAAUCAUUGCCAUAAAACAUUUAUGCCAUUUCUUCUUUAUUUUAUAAAAAGCACUUAAUUGUUGUAGAGAAAAGAAAACUAAAUGAUUUUAUGUGUCUUGAAAAUUUUUAUUUCUCAGUUUUUGAGUAGUUAGUGUUUUAUUUCAAGCAGAGAUGGAGGAUAAGAAAGCGUUGCUAGUCACGAAACUGUAGAUGUCUUCAUCUUGUGUGAUAAUGAAGCAUUGUUAGCUUUUAUGCUUAUAAUACAUCAUUUCAUUCUAGUAAAUAUUUUGUUGUUAAAAAAUGGAUAACCAUAUUUUGAUUUGUUUUAUAGCUUUUUUAGUUAAUGUUUUAGUUUUUUGUUGUUAUUUUCCAUAGUUUAUAGUCAUAGUCAUUGUACAUUUGACAUACAUAUGUUUUAUCAGAAACAGUUUUGCUUUUUAAUUUUUAGUAUAGUUAAGAUUCAUAUACAUUUCUGCAGAUCUUGCACAAAUAGUUUAAGUACAGCAAGGUACAUUUUAAUUCAUAAUAGGAGUUUAAAAAACAAUUAUAAAAAACAUCAUUAAAUAAACAGCAGUAGGGAUACAUAUUGAUGCAUUUAUAUAUAUGUGUGUUUUACAGGAUUUUUAACUAGAUGUUUUAAAGUUCAUAUUUGGUUUAUAUUUUAAGAUAUAUUGAUAGAUUAUGAACUUAGUAAAUUAACUGUUUUCUUCUUAAAGGGGGAAAAUAAAAAAUCGGUUUCAGUUAUUAACUUCAUUAGAUGUGAUGAGGCUUAAUGAGUAUAUAAAUCAUUUUUUGAAUUAAAAUUUUAGUUUCAAUAUAUUAAAUGCAUGUGCAAAUAUUGCAUGUUAACAUGAAAUCGGUGUUAGGAAAGCUGUUUUAUAGCACUUGUUUUAUGGUCUUAAAAAAAGAUUUGGAAGUUAAGAUUUCUGCUAAAGUGCACAUUUAAUGACAUCUCAACUUAAUGUGAAUACUUUAAUGAAUUAUGCAUGUUUGCAUUUUUAUACAUAUUAACAUUAAAUGUGUGUUGCAGUUCUAUAAAUCACAUAAAGUUCCAGUGAAAGCAUUUUUUUUAAGUAAAGAAUACAAUUAUAAUGAAUUUUAUGUGUAGUUUGAUAUUGCAUAUCCAAAAAUAAUAAAAUCCCCAGUUAAGUUUUUAAUUUUUGUAUUUUAAUAUGCCUGUCUAUUAAAAUUUUAACUUCUGAACAGUUAUAUGGACUAACCAAAUAUUACUAUCCACCUCUGCUUGAAAGGAAUAAUUAUGUUUUAAAAUUUUUUUGAGUAUUAGAUGUUUUUGUGAAAGCUUUAACAGUUUCUUUGAAAGUUUGUUAAAUGUUGGUUGUAAGUUUUGCAGUGUUAUCUUUAAUAUACUAAUACAUUUUAACAUGAGUUAUUCAAUAAUAUAUUUAAGUUAAUUGUAUUUUAAUUACCAGUUUCAUUUUGGUUAAAUAAAAAUGUAUUGCAUCUCUUGUGUAUUAAACUAUUGGAUGCAGUCCCUUAAGUGGGCCAGUAUACAUGAUUUCAGUGUAAAUAAAAAUUUAAAAUUAUUCAAAUAGAACUACAUUUAAUUUAUUCAGAAUGUAUGCAGUAAGUAUGUGUGGUUGUAUGUGCAAGUAUGUAUGCUUAUGUGUGUUAAAAGAAAGUGAACCGUAUUUGUAGUCUUUGAAGCUAGUCUAAAGAGUUACCUUGAAGUUAGCCUAUAAAAUAAAACAGGGCAAUGUGAAAUUCUAAAUUUAGAAUUUUGUAUUCAUUUGCGAAUGUUCAGUUUGUUGAAUGUUACUGUUUUUAUUAUAUAUAAUCAUGAUAUUUAUUAAUAACUUUCACAUUAUGCUUGGGAUAUUUUGAACUGAUAUUUUCAAAUAGCUAAUCAGAUGAUAGUAAUUAAAUUUAUUUCUGGGUGAUAUGUUUCAUUAAUUUUCUAUAAGCAAGACUUUUAUCAUAGCCAGUUAAACAGCAGCUGUAUAAAAUUUUAUGAUUACUGUAAGUUUGAGAAGUACUUUUUUCCAGUUUUAUUGUGUUAAUAGCUUCUCACAUGCCAAUGCCAGCAUUUAAACUACCUAUAAACUAUAUCAUGUUCCAUUAGAAUUUAGUGUCAGGAAGUGCUAAAAUAUGUAGAUGUAUUUUAUAGUCAACAUAUUUAAGCUUUAAAUAUUUUAUUGAAUGUUGUAAAAGUAUUUUGGCUUAGGUAAUUUUUGGGAUAUACUUGGCGUAGUAUCUGUAUUAAAUCUUCAGUGAGAAAAAUUAUGUAUAUUUUGUAUAUGUUCUUAAGUAGUACUAAUGUUUCAGUUAAUGGAAGCCAGAAAUUUUCAUCAUAUAUAUGAAAUGUAAUUUUUGCAGGUGUCUUGUGUGAAAGCAAGUAUAUUAGGCUAAUGUUAUUUAUGUAAUUUUUAUAAAUAAAAUUUAGUACCUAUGUGUUGUUAUUUAAGUUUGUAUAUGUUUUUCAGUUUGUGUAAUUUAGAUCAAACACAAGUGUAACAUACAUGUUAUGAGGGUAAAAGUAUGAUUUACUGAAGCUAUUAUUGAAAAUUAAAUGUAGUAGUUCAAGAAUUAUUUUAAAGUGUUUUAUAACCAAUCACAUGUGCAUUUUAGUAUCUAAAAUCUGCUGCAUUUGCUUGUUAACAUUUUGUUUUACGAUCUGUUGAGCAUUUUUUUAUCAAGUUUUAGACAGUGCAUUUAUUAUUUGUUCAGUCCUAUAUGUAUUAAAUUUCUUUGAAUGCAAUAUUUGUUAUAUUUGAGAAAUAUGAGUAAUUAUGUAAGACUGCUUUAAAAAUUGUGAUUACUGUUUGAUUCUUCAGUUUAGUAUUUACUUUUUAAUAAAUAAAGGGUUUGUAUUAUUUAAAGUAAUUAAGAAUGCAAAUUAUAUUUCAUCCCUAGGAUUAUAUUAAUAUUCUUAGUCAAAUUUAUAAAAAAAAAAUAUAUCAUUGCAAUUGUCCUGUAUCUGAUUUUUUUUAUCAGUAAUGUUCAUUGCCAUUUUCAUUCUAAGCUGUCCGAAUAUUGAACUCUGUAUAUUAUUUAAGUGUGCAGUAGGAUGUGCAUUUUCUGUCAAGCAUUAGCUAACUCUUUGGUUAGUCAUUGUAAUGCUCUGCUGCACUUAAAGUUAUGUCUAUGUAUCUUUACUUACAUUAGGUAGCUUUAAAUAUUGGUCAUAAAAUGUGAAGUUACUAUUUGUGAAUUUUUUAUUUCUGAAUUCAGUAUUUAUAUAUAGCGUGGACAUUAAAGUUUUAUAUGAUUUUUUAAUUUUGGGAAAAUUUAUUUCAUGAAAUAAAUUAAAGAAAUUCUGUGAAAAAUGCAAAAGUAAUUGGUUUGUUUGUUUAUUCAAUUUUAAGCAAUUUAUUGCUGAUUUAAUGUGGUAUAUAAGCUUAUAUCUGUAUUUGUGAAUUCAGUUUAAAAGCUGUGUAAUUAAAUAUCCAUUUGUCAAAUAAUUCCUGUGUCUAACACGCUGAACACCAGUAAUCUAAAUUAGGAGCUGACAUGUUUAAUGAAGACAGAGUAAAGUUAUAAAUGAAACAGUUGCAGUUUCUUAAUGACAGAAAUGAAUGUAGAUAGCGCAAAUUCAUUUUUCUUUCCAUGAAUAAAUUUCAAUGGUGAGAUAGGUGGAAAAAGUCAUAAUAUUCUAGUUAUGAUAUGUUAAGGUAAUUUAAAACCACUGGUAAAUAUGUAGGUCUGUUAUUGGAAAAGUCAAACAACAACAAUCAGCAUUAUAUUUGUAAAUUUUGCAAUACCAGUUUUGAGCUGCUCUUUAGCAGCAGAGGAAGAUGGUUGUGCAGUUAAACCAUCAAAAGUAGUCCUGCAAAAUUUACAAAUAUAACCUUGAUUCUUGUUAUUUGGCUUCUCCAAUAAUCAUCGUUUAGCAUGUUAUUUUAACCUAAAUUAUGCAGGUCUGUUUUAUGAAAAUCUGACACCUGGAUGAAGCGAUAUUGUAAAGUUCUGAAGUUUGUGAUGUUACCCAUAAAAGUGAAACAGUUUUGACUUGUAUAUGUUCAUUUAUUUAUUGAAACUAAAGAUAAUGCUUCAGUUAAGAUGUGUGUGUGUGGGGGGGGAGAACAAACUAUAAUCUUUUCUUCUCAGUGUAUUAAAUGUGAUCAAAAUGCAUUUAAUCAUGCAAUUAUUAAUUGAACCAGAUCCUAUAUUUUGUUUCAUCCAUAUCAAAUAUAUUAUAAGGUAGCAUGUACCUUAAAAUAUGGAAAAUGAAAUUAUGUUGCAUAUUUUUAGGAAAGCUGUAAAAAGUUUUAUUUUAUGGGUAUUGCUUUGUGUUUUAGCAGGGCCUCAUUAUAUCAGUUUGGGACCUAAGUAAAGUGCUCUUUCAAACUCCCUCAAAGCUUACUGUAAUCAGGAUGUGUUCAAAGGAUGUGGGCUUUGUCAACCACAAUUGAUUAAUAGUUAUUUCCUUUUGUACACAAAUUUCAAAUUAACAUAAAAUUUAAAAACCAAAUUCAUUUGAAAACAUUUUUUUAGAAUGUGGAGAAACAUGGAAUGUAUUGGAAUUUUUCUAUUUAUAUCCAGAUGCAUAAUUUAAUGUUCUGUAUGUGUAAAUCUUAUUCCUUUUGAGAUACUUUUAUUUCUGAUUAUUUGUUAGAAACCCUUUAUUUAAUGUAAUUUGAAAUAACUUCUUAAAUUUUCCCAUUCCUGUUUUUUUCCUUAAACCAUCCAGUUACUAAUCCUCAUACGUUCCCAUUUAUCUUAUUCUCUAAAAUUUCUUUUUCUCUGCCUAUUUUUUGGGGUGAUGAUGAGAACAGAAAAUCAUUUGCACAUCAUUAAAUUAAUAAAGGAAAAUAUUUUACUCAGUAAUUGAGCAUGUUUUGCUUAAUAAUUGAUUUGGAAAGAAAUUGUUUUCCUCCAAAAUCAAUAGCUUUUUAAGUAGCUUGAAAAAUGCAGUAUCAUUUAAUGAGUUAAACAGUAAAAUGUAUGAAAAAUCUAUAUUUGAUUUAAAUUUCCAUGUGUACUAUAUUCUGGUGCAUAUAAGCCAUAUAAGCAUCCUAAUUAAAAAUAAAAAAUUCUAGAGUA